CAGUUGCGUUCGUUUAAACCAAGAAAAAAAGAUGGCUUCAUUAGCACUUGCCGCCGCCCAGCCCACCGCCGUAAAGGGCCUCUCCGGCAGCUCUCUCGCCGGAACUAAACUCCAAGUCAAACCAUCUCGCCUCACCUUCAAGCCCACCAACUACAGGAGUGGUGGUGUGGUUGCAAAAUAUGGUGACAAGAGUGUCUACUUUGAUUUGGAGGAUAUCGGCAACACCACCGGCCAAUGGGACUUGUAUGGAUCAGAUGCACCUUCACCAUACAACUCCCUUCAGAGCAAGUUCUUUGAAACAUUUGCUGCCCCUUUCACCAAGAGAGGUCUGCUUCUCAAGUUCUUGAUAUUGGGAGGUGGUUCCACCCUUGCCUAUGUGAGCUCCCAAGCAACCGGAGACGUUCUUCCGAUAGUCAAGGGCCCUCAACUUCCACCUAAGCUCGGCCCGCGUGGCAAAAUCUAAUCUUAACCUUUAUGG